AUGACAAACCCUAAAUUAUUUAGCAGCGGAAUCGAGCUUGCAUCUUUCGUAACAAGUUCUCGCAUCCUUUGUAAAUCAUGGAAUACUAUAUCAUCUCAAACUCGUCUGAAAGCAACACGCGUAGGUUUUUCCACUCGGGUUGAAAACACGACUGAACCAGACUCACUAGCAACUGGUAUUAGUUUGCAGUUGCAGGCACUAGGAUUGACACCGCAUAUACAGGUGUGGCAACAAGAGAACAUUGAUAUCGAUGCUCUGGAAAGAAAUUUGACAGAACUAGAAGAAAAAUUCAUCCUGCAGAAGAAGAUUUCAUUUGAUCCGUCCAAGAAAUUGAAUGACAUUAAAAUACACAUGGCCUAUCUUGAAUGGUACAAAAAGGAAACUAAAAAUCAACAAAUAGGUUACUAUGACAGCUACAAAAACAUGAACACACCAUGUGACCACGAUGGUGUUGAGUUCCAUAGAAAGCUCACUAGUUACUGGGAAAAGAUGGUUGAAGAAGUUGAAAUGAAGCCUCAAAAAGAAGGUGCUACUUUUCGUACCCGUUGGCUAUAUGGUGGGACUACUUACAGGAGAAUGGUUGAGCCUCUAGAGAUUGCUGAAUACUAUAGAGAAGGUGGUAAAGACUAUGCUAAUAAUAAAAGGUCCAAACACUUCAAACAGUUGAGUGAGUGGUUGAUGGAAGACUCAAAAAAUGCCACAAGUGAUAUAGAUUCUUGCUUUUGGGCACAUGUUGAAGAGGCUCUCCUUUUGUGCAUGUUAGUGCAAGGUGAUGAAUUUGAGGAAGAAGAAGGAAGGAAUAAAUGCCUAAAAGCUGACAGCAAAUGA